AUGUCAAAACAAAGUCAAAAAGAUCAUCAAGGAGAAUUAAUUUCCGCCUAUUUGCAAAAAAAGGCACAAGAUUUUAUUAAUGAUAGUUAUUAUAAAUUAGAUAAUAAUAUCUGUACAUUAAGAUUACAAAAUAAAAAUUUACGGCAAGAGAAUACAUGUUUAACAAAAUAUAAAACUAUCGCAGACACCAAAAUUCAGUCACUUUCUGUGCGAUUGGCUAGAGCAAAGCAAAACAAACAAAAACAAAUUUCAAAAAUUCGAGCAGCCAUUCAUAGAGCAAAACAAAUUCAACCUGCUCAAUUUCAACAUGCAGUUGAUCAACUAUUUAAAGUUGAUAAUAAAGAAUACAAUGCAAGGUUUGUAAAAUUAGCUACUGACAUUAGUAAUAUAGGACAAACCUUUAUACAUGCAACAGUAGAAUGUACUAAAGCCUUCUAUCAAUUUUUAACUGGAGAAAUGCCACAACAAUGGAUAACACCAAGCACUUUAGCAUGA